AUGGCGUCGAAACCAGAGUCGCGUAUAGUCCGCGCCCUUACACCCAAGAAAAAACCCAACACAGCGCAAGCAGCUGCUCCUCAACAGGCAGGCCAAAAUGCCUACACAAAUGGUGAUCUUCAAGGCGCAAUCGAGUCAUUCACCCAGGCAUUGGCAGCAAACGACGAGGAUGUCGGAGUUUUAGAUAAUCGCGCUGCCACUUACUGCAAAUUGAAGCGGUAUGACCUGGCUCGGGCUGAUGCCUGGGCCAUGGUUGAGCUCGCACCUAAUGAGGACCGUGGAUAUCUACGUUUGGCUAAGGUCCUGUGCCUGGAUGGGAACUUCGACAUGGCCCGGGACAUCUACGAAUAUGCCCUCCAACAGCUCCCAGUCAAUCACCCAGGCCGUGAGGUAGUCACUCAGUUGCUCGAAAAAUUGCUGGACAAGCUGGCUGGAGGCAACCGACGUGACCCAUUUACGGUCCUGCCACUAGAAGUGGCAGAUAUAAUUCUCCACCACCUUUCCUUUAAGCAGAUCGUGGCAAUCAUGCGUGUCUGCAAAGGGUGGCAUGGAUUCCUAAUCGGCCUCUCAAGCCUCUGGAUGCACGUUGAUCUCACAGAGGCCAGAUAUGAUGUUUCAUCCAAUACUGUCCGAGACUACAUCCAUCGAUCGCGAGCUCAACUAACCAAUGCCACCAUAAGAAGACUCCUCCCCCACGCUAUACCCCAAGUGAUUGAUAUGUUAAGCAGGUGCCCAAAGCUGGAGCAUCUACAUUUCCGAGCAUUCUAUGUGCCCAGUAUAUUCUACCCGAAGAUCCAAGAAUUUCGUCAGCUGAAGACUCUAGUCUGUGGACCAGGCAUCACGAUUUCUCACGAACGUGUUGGAAGCGUCUUAUCCGCUCUCACAAAUCUCGAAAAGGCUACAUUCUAUGACGUCUGGGAUCCAGUCACUGGGUCUCCGCAACCCACGCCGACAUGGCCCAAGUACCUUCCGAACUUGAAGAGUUUGAUUCUCAAAUGUUCACAAAAUUCCCACUCCAUAGGCUUCGCAUAUAACUUUGAAGAUGUUGUUCCGGGGCUAACAUCGUCUGUAUACCCUAAUCUAAAGGAACUACGGCUUCUCUGGAACACAGCACAUUCACGGCAUUACGAAUUCUGUCCCGUGCGUUGGGAGCCCCCAGAAAUACCAGUCCUGCCAGUUCUGCCAGCCCUGCGCAUCCUCGACCUCCGAGGCGCAGUCCUCUCAACCUUCUUCUACUCAAUGCUCCCAGCCACCCUCGAAACCCUCCGUGUGGACUCGAGCAGGUUGGAAAAUAACGAGUUUCUUGUAUUCGACAACUACGUCCCAAACCUGAAGACCGUGAUAUUCAACGAUUGCCCCUGGGUCGACUAUGAUAACCUUCUCUUAUUCGCACGGUACUCCAAGAACCCCCUCGAAACCCUACAUAUCAACUUUUGCCCCAGCACAAAUGAAUACGAUCUUUGCUGGUUGUUACUGCGCCGUCUGGCUGACUUGGACGAUAGAACCAUGGAGUGGGUGUGGUUUACCUUCCCAAACUUGGGCUUACUUGACCUGUCGCAGACUCAAAUCACUGAUUGUACCAUUCGUCUGUUUGCGGAUGCCCGGAAGGAUGGGACUAAAGGUCCACAGCUUGACGUAUUGAUUAUCAAGGGAUGUGACCAUGUUUCUCGCGAUGCCAUUGAUUAUGGACGGCAGAUGGGGAUUGAGAUUAUCACUUGA